GCUGUUAAACCCAACCCCCCCACACGCGAUCAUUCGGACUCGUCUCCACCAGCUCCCGCUCCCCGAUGCCCAGCAACACCUCCCCCAGCUCCCUAUUCUGGCUGAACUUCAGAUACUGCCCCUCCUCCACCACGGCAUCGCAGUGCGCGCCCCACACGUCCUGCCGGAACUCCUUGACCUGGCCGGCCGAGGGCCUUCGCGGCGGCGGGGUUGGGCGCGGCGAGGAUCUCAGCGGCGGUGGCGGUGUCGCGCAUGAGGAGGGCUUUGUGGUACGUCAUGUACUGCUCGCUUGUGUUGAAAUGGUUUGUGGCGCCGGGGGCGGUGGGGGAGGGCUCGGUGAAGCGGGAGGGGAACCAUUGCUGGAGACAGCAUUCCUUUUCGGGCCGGUCGUAGCCGAAGAAGAAGACGUAUUUUUCCGUGAUCUUCGGAGGAAGGUCUUGGGCGUAUUGCAGCUCGGUGGGAGGAGGAGGGGAGGUUAUCGCCGAGCCAGCGGGGGCCUUUGCCGUCGCUUGCGGCGGAGAGAUGGGGGUUGGUGGACAUGGGUGGUGGUGUUUUGGGGCGUGAGGUGCUUGGGGUGUUGGGAGAUUUUGCGUUAGGGAGGUGGGGGUUUGUAGGGGAUAGAAGGGAAAACGAGGCAGGGGUAUAAGGUUGAUGUUUGGAUGUUUUGAGAUGAGGUCAUGGACCCCUCUUGAGAUUGGGGGUUUCUUUGGGCCGGGGUCUAGAGCGACGACACCAACGGCGGGAGGUUUAGUUUAGUGCGUCGUACCUGAGGGCAGAUAGCGAAUCAAAAGCGAUUGAAAUAGGUGCCUUUAUAGGUUGACAAAAUAGAUAGAAGUGAGCUUCUGGGUUGA